AUGAUGGACUUCUUUUUUGGGAAGCAACCCACUGUUAAAGAACAACAGCGGCAAAAUGAUCGAGAACUUCGAAAGGCAACCAGAGACUUGGAGCGGGACAAAGCGGCUUUGGAACGAGAGGAAAAGAAACUAGAAAUGGAAAUCAAGAAAAUGGCUAAAGAAGGAAACAAUGAAGGUUGUAAGAUAUUAGCAAAACAAUUAGUACAGCUGAGGAAACAAAAAAAUAGAAUUUAUACUGCAAAUAGUAAGAUUUCCAGUGUCCAAAUUCAAAAUAAGGCAAUGGGCGCGAAUAUAGCGAUUGCCGGGGCGAUGGGCACGACAGCCAAGACAAUGGGCAACAUGAACAAGGUCAUGAACCCACAACAGAUUGCCAAAGACAUGGAGGCAUUCCGGCAGGCGAACGCUAAGAUGGAUAUGACUGAUGAAAUGAUUUCAGAGACACUGGAUGACAUUAUGGAUGAGCCUGGCGAUGAGGAAGAAUCUGAAGGAAUUGUCAACCAAGUCCUUGAUGAGAUUGGUAUUGAAAUCAGUGGAAAGAUGGCGGGUGCUCCUUCCGUGGCACGGAACAGAAUUGGAGAAUCUUCCAAAGACGCGGACAAAGAGCUCAUGGAACAGCUAGCUAAGCUCAAGUCUUAGGCUAAUAUGUAUUAUGUAAUUAGAUAAUUAAUUAUAGGCUAUUUUAUUCCCGCUCUUAAAGUAAUUGUAUAAUUUAUUUAUGAUCUGUACAUAUUUUUUUGGUCUUUUUAUUUUUUUCGAAAAACAGUCCAUAUUUGAUAACCACUGCUUGCCAGUAACCAAACUUUUAGUAUGAAAAUAAAACUGUUUUCUCGGUUACGACGUAAGCAUGAUCUGCGGCGCGUAGCAGAAAACAAUAUCUCUCUGUUAAAAGACAGUUUUUUCUUUGUGAACGCUAGCUCUAAUGUAAAGUACCGGUCUACACUCCCCCAUGUUUCGUUUUACAAUAUUUGGUUACUUUUUGUACUGUUUUUUGGAUUGUGGUAAUUAAAGUAUUAAGUGUCAGGUUUCACGUUUAUAGAAUGUAUGUAUGUCAAGGUUUACAAUACAAUUGCUAUCUAAAUCGA